GGUAUAGAAAAUGGGUGGAUGAAUGGGUCUCUGUUCUAAAAGUCAAAUCAUCAAUAAAACUAAUGACAAGGUGGGAAUAUGUUAACACUGUUCAUGUAUUUUCAGUACUCUCAACAAUGUGACAAAGCAGUGGCACACAGCAAUCCCCUCAUGAUGUGCCUGUGGACCAAUUGAUUUUGACAAGUGGACAUUUCUAAUCCACUCAUGUGAGCCAUAACAACCUCUGUCUCAUCUUCACAUUCAGACCACAAUAGGGAGCCUCAUAACAAUGCAGCUAAAUGGCUAGAUUACUUAAGUUGUCUUUAACUGAAAUUCAAGUCAAAUAGUUUAAAUGUGAUGUAAUUAUUGAAGGAUUCAGGGCGUUGUGAUAUUAUUUCAAAAAUGGGUCAGCGCCUGAGCGAGGAUAGUGACCCGGACAAAGAAAUAGAUGUGGCUGAGCUGCAGGAAUGGUACAAAAAGUUUGUUGUGGAAUGCCCGAGUGGAACUCUGUUCAUGCACGAGUUCAAGAGUUUUUUUGGGGUCGCCGAUAACAAGGAGGCUUCAGAUUACAUUGAAAGCAUGUUUCGAGCCUUCGACAAGAAUGGAGACAACACCAUUGAUUUUCUGGAGUAUGUUGCAGCCUUGAACUUGGUCCUGAGGGGUAAAUUGGAGCACAAGCUUAAAUGGACAUUCAAAAUGUAUGAUAAAGAUGGAAGCGGGUGUAUUGAUAAAACAGAGCUUCUAGAAAUUGUGGAGUCUAUUUAUCGGCUGAAGAAAGCCUGUCACGGAGAGCUGGAUGGAGAAUGCAAUCUGCUGACCCCGGACCAAGUAGUGGACAGGAUAUUUGAGCUGGUUGAUGAAAAUGGAGACGGUGAACUCUCCCUGGAUGAAUUCAUCGAUGGAGCACGGAGGGACAAAUGGGUGAUGAAGAUGCUGCAGAUGGAUGUCAACCCUGGGGACUGGAUCAAUGAACAAAGACGCAGUGCAAACUUGCUCCAGCGCCCCCCGCCACCUCAAAGGGAAUAAGCGGUAGAAAUGGAUGGAUGGAUGGUAUCGGAUGUGCUGCGAUGAGGUAGUGACCUGUCCAAGGUGUAUGCUGCCUUCCGGCCGAAUGCACCUCCAGGGACCCCACGCGACCCCAAAAGGGACAAGCGGUAGA